GGUGUGAAGCGAUGUCUACUCAUCCUAGAACUUAUGAUUUAAUUCAUGCGGACUCAGUGUUCAGCCUUUACAGUAACAGACAUUCUGCAAGAAAUGGGUAGGAUUCUUAGACCUGAAGGAUGUGUUAUCAUCCGAGAUGAUGCUGAUACAUUGGUAAAAGUAAAGAGCAUCGUCAAUGGAUUGGAAUGGGGUAGUAUAAUUGUAGACCAUGAAGAUGGACCUCUUCAAAGGGAGAAACUUACAUUUGCUGUGAAGAAGUAUUGGACAGCUCCAGCAGCUUCCGAGAAGACUAAUGAAUUUUAUUUUUUGUAGUUGUUAAUUUUUCUCUUUUGCUGCUUUAGGUGUCCUUUUCUUAUUUUUUACUUUUUUUUCAAUGUACUGCUUUGUCUUCUUAACUUACAUUUUUUUUUUUGGAGGGUAGGGAUAUAUGCAAGCAUUUUUUGUGGAAUGCAAGUUCAAUACUGUAACUGAGCAGAACACCGAGUCCAGGGAUAA